GGCGGCUGCUCCCAUGGGUGUCGCUGGGCCGCGCCAUGCCUAAGGGGGCGCCGCAAUGGGCCAAGGGGACGAAAGCGAGCGCAUCGUGAUCAACGUGGGCGGCACGCGCCACCAGACGUACCGCUCGACGCUGCGCACGCUGCCCGGCACGCGGCUCGCCUGGCUGGCGGAGCCCGACGCCCACAGCCACUUCGACUAUGACCCGCGCGCAGACGAGUUCUUCUUCGACCGCCACCCAGGCGUAUUCGCGCACAUCUUGAACUACUACCGCACCGGGAAGCUGCACUGCCCGGCCGACGUGUGCGGGCCGCUCUACGAGGAGGAGUUGGCUUUCUGGGGCAUCGACGAGACCGACGUGGAGCCCUGCUGCUGGAUGACGUACCGCCAGCACCGCGACGCCGAGGAGGCGCUCGACAGCUUCGGCGGCGCGCCCCUGGACAACAGCGCUGACGACGCGGACGCCGACGGCCCCGGAGACUCGGGCGACGGCGAGGACGAGCUGGAGAUGACCAAGCGCCUGGCGCUCAGCGACUCUCCGGACGGACGGACGGGCGGCUUCUGGCGCCGCUGGCAGCCGCGCAUCUGGGCGCUCUUCGAGGACCCCUACUCAUCCCGCUAUGCGCGGUAUGUGGCCUUUGCCUCCCUCUUCUUCAUCCUGGUCUCCAUCACCACCUUCUGCUUGGAGACCCACGAGCGCUUCAACCCCAUCGUGAACAAGACGGAGAUCGAGAAUGUCCGGAAUGGCACGCAAGUACGCUACUACCGGGAAGCCGAGACGGAGGCCUUCCUCACCUACAUCGAGGGCGUCUGCGUAGUCUGGUUCACCUUUGAGUUCCUCAUGCGUGUCGUCUUCUGCCCCAACAAGGUUGAAUUCAUCAAGAACUCACUCAACAUCAUUGAUUUUGUGGCCAUCCUGCCCUUCUACCUGGAGGUGGGCCUAAGUGGCCUGUCCUCUAAGGCUGCCAAGGACGUUCUGGGCUUCCUGCGCGUCGUCCGCUUCGUGCGCAUCCUGCGCAUCUUCAAGCUGACCCGCCAUUUUGUGGGCCUGCGGGUCUUAGGCCACACUCUCCGUGCCAGCACCAAUGAGUUCCUACUGCUUAUCAUCUUCCUGGCCUUGGGCGUCCUGAUCUUCGCCACCAUGAUCUACUAUGCCGAGAGGAUAGGGGCCCAGCCCAAUGACCCCAGCGCCAGUGAGCACACACACUUUAAGAACAUCCCCAUUGGCUUCUGGUGGGCCGUGGUCACUAUGACAACGCUGGGCUACGGAGACAUGUAUCCACAGACAUGGUCCGGCAUGUUGGUGGGAGCGCUGUGCGCGCUGGCAGGCGUGCUGACCAUCGCCAUGCCGGUACCCGUCAUUGUGAACAAUUUCGGGAUGUAUUAUUCCUUAGCCAUGGCUAAGCAGAAACUACCAAAGAAAAAAAAGAAGCAUAUUCCACGGCCACCGCAGCUGGGAUCUCCCAAUUAUUGUAAAUCUGUCGUAAACUCUCCACACCACAGUACUCAGAGUGACACAUGCCCGCUGGCCCAGGAAGAAAUUUUAGAAAUUAACAGAGCAGAUUCCAAACUGAAUGGGGAGGUGGCGAAGGCCGCGCUGGCGAACGAAGACUGCCCCCACAUAGACCAGGCCCUCACUCCUGAUGAGGGCCUGCCCUUUACGCGCUCGGGCACCCGCGAGAGAUACGGACCCUGCUUCCUCUUAUCAACCGGGGAGUACGCGUGCCCACCUGGUGGAGGAAUGAGAAAGGAUCUUUGCAAAGAAAGCCCUGUCAUUGCUAAGUAUAUGCCGACAGAGGCUGUGAGAGUGACUUGACCAGGCGGCUUGGCCGAGGACACUGGUGGCUAUUAAGCAUCUGGGUGGACCUGCAGCCCCUCCUCACCCUCGGACAGAGUAAAUUCACGCCAUGCAGGUUUGCCGGACGAGUCCGAGUGGCCCAGGCAUUGUACUAGGAUGGACGUAGCUUUUUCUACGGCCAAAUGGUAACUGACCGUAGAGGAUUUCUUUUCCUUCUUUUCAUUUUUAAAAAAAUUUUCUUUUAUUUGGUGGGGUGGGCGGGUGGAGGGGUUCCUUAGCAUGACUUGCAUGAAGUUAAACAGAAAACCCAGGCAACCGAACCCACCAAACCCCUGCAACUAACUAUAUGAUUACCUUAAACAACAAUGAUAACGAAAAGAAAAAGAAAAAGUUCUCUUUUCUUUCAAAGCUCUUUACUUUUACACACAUUGUUGAAGCCAAACUGUAAAGGCACUCAGUAGAAACCUCUGCAUUUCUGGGGGUAGGGGGUUGGGGGAGGGCUGGGGGAAGGGAAGAGAUUACUUCCGUUUUUGUAUAUGAAAUCAAGAGUGAAGUUUCCAAAAAGGGCAAUCGGUCAGUCAUCGGUCAUAUUGACCUCACCUUCAUAGUUCAUCUCAUACGUGGAGAUUGAGAACUUUGCUCCAAAUAGAAUGGUGGAAACUCACACCUCUGCCUUCUUACCUCUCCAUUCGGCAUGCUUGUGACCCAGCGGACGUCACCCCAAGACUCUCCCUGACAGCGACUAGUCUAGGUUGAUUCUGUCAUCUUAUCGGUGUGUAGACCAGUGUGACCACCUUUCAUGACAAAUUGUUCAUAGUAAAUAAUCAACACCAUAUGGAUUUUCGAAGUGUUACUUUAACACCAAGAUGUAGAGCACCAAAAAGAUCAGGACCAUAGGAGGAGUGACCCUCCUCCACUUUUAUUAAGGCACAACCUAGCAUUGUAUGCAAUUUAGAACUUCAGAGUAAAAAACUGCAUGCCCAAUGUUAUGCAAAGCGAUUCUCGCAUGAAAUAAAUUUUGUAUCACAGUUUCUGUAUAGUCUAAAGCAGAUUUGUUUUCCUGAAGCAAUCGGGAGGUUUGCAGAGAUGCACUUCUGCAUCUUGAAUAAAUAUAGUAUUUUCCCAACAGAAACAGAGGACAGUAGUUUGGCUUGGUCUGAUUCUAAAAUUAGUGGGGGAAGGGGGAACGGAUGAUAUUUUUGAAAACACAUUGAAAAAAAUGCAACAUCUCAAGCUUUCACCGCAGGUUGCAACAUUUCCUGGAAAGAGAACAAUGAUGCUUUAGCUCAACAACCUUCCCCCUACCUGGGCCCAGACCCCCAAUAAUAAAACGCUGAAUUUUGAGAUG